AGUCAGAGUCGGAGUCGGAGUCGCUGGAGUCGGCCUUCUUGGCCUCAGCCUUGGGUGCAUCGGCAUCGGCCAUCUCCUCGUCGCUGUCGGAGUCGGAGUCGUCGGAAGAGUCCUCCUUGGAGGCGACCUUGGCGACCUCCUUCUUAGCAGCGGGCUUCUCGUCCUCAGACUCAGAGUCAGAGUCGGAGUCGGAGUCGGAGUCGCUGGUGUCGGCCUUCUUCGCGGCGGGCUUAGCAACGGCCUUGGCGGCGGGCUUCACCUCCUCCUGCUCGGACUCAGAGUCGGACGAAUCGUCAGAGUCAUCCUCGGACUCAGAGUCGGACUCAGGCUCGGGAGUGGGCUCCUUGACGACCUUCUUCUUCUUGUCCUUCUUGUCGGACUUCUUCUCCGUGACAGCGGCGACGGCCUUCUUGGCGACUUCCUUGGUCUUCGCGGCCUCCUUCGCAGGCUUGGUGAUGCCAGCCUUCUUGACGGUGGAGAGAACCUUCUUGUCGGCGCCCUUGGCGGGCUUGGUAGCUUUCUUUGUAGUAGGACCCAUUACUGCGGUGUUAGAUUGUAUGAAUAUACAAACCUGGUUGUGGGGAAAGGCGGUAGAGAAGAGAUGGGAUGUGAGUGGAAAAAAUGUGGAAAAGCCCUCGGAUCGGAACGUUAAGCCCUCAGUUUCAGUUCUAACGGAUCGUUAAGAAUGAAGCCCUCGGAAACCCAAUAGUAACAGAUGUGCGAAUGCGGAACAAGCCCUCAGUGCCCAACAGAGUCAAACAAUCGUGGAGAAUUGAGUGAACCAAGUAUGAAGCCCUCAGAUGGAAUCGUCAAAAAAAGCCAAUUGGAAAGGUAAUCCCCCAGUGAUGAAUCUUCUUCUGAUUUGAGUGCGAGUGUGCGGCAAUAAGGCAAGUAGGGAGGGAGAAGGGAGUGGUGAAGAGGUGAAGAGAGAGAGGAUGGUGGGGGAAAGACGUGUUUGGAGGAGCGAUGUGGGGAUUAAAAGGCGGGCGCGAAGAGGCUGGGGGCCGUUUUUUUUUCGCGGCAAAAAAAAGAAAGGUAAAAAUGGAGAAAACUCAGUUCACGCUACAGCAAGCUUAAGC